AUGCUUCCAACUGGAGACUAUGUAGAACAAGGAGUUGACCUCACUGAGAAGGAGGAGGAGCUGCUAAAAAGGAGGGUGAUGAAGUACUGGGCCAACUUUGCAAGAAAUGGGAACCCCAACCGCGAGGGUCUACCCUACUGGCCUGCGUUGGACCAUGAUGAGCAGUAUCUGAAGCUGGACACCCAGCCUGCUGUGGGCCGAGCCCUGAAGGCCAGAAGGCUGCAGUUCUGGACCAAGACUCUGCCCCAGAAGACCCAGGAGCUAAAGAGUUCUCAGGAAAAGCAUGCAGAGUUGUAG